AUGUCUAGUCACGAAUUCCAUUCUGGCCAUCAUAAUCCCGAAGAUGGGGCUGCGGCAGGUUUGUUAAACGACAUUUCUUCUUAUACCUUUCAAACGUUACUUCAUGGCCCUUCGAGUUAUCGUACCUCAUCUACUUCCUCACAUGUGUUCUAUAAUGCACCAGCUCGACCAUAUGCCCCACUCCCGACCCAUCCCCACGCCCCGCUGUCGACGACAUACGGAACUCCAAUAAGAUCGCAGGUUAUGCGGCAAUCAUUCGUCGCCUACGAUGACGUUUCAUUCCAAGAUUACGAAAUCCCACCAACGAGACCUUUUGUGCGAGGGAGGAACUUCUACGCCUCCCCAGGGAGCUGGCAAUCGGAAGAGCCGCCUGUUAACCCACGAGCCUCAUCACCACCCAGGAUGGUGCUCCCUAAGCGGAAGCGACAUGCUUCGGAGAAGGCCCUUGCCGAGUUGAAGCCGCUGGCUUUAAGGGAGCUAAAGGAGGAUGAGACGGCCUGUAUCAUUUGUAUGGAGGAUUAUGUUGAUGUCCCCGAUUCUACGGAUGAGUUGAAGACCGAGCACGCACUGCAGAUGGGCUGCGGGCAUCACUUUGGUUCUUAUUGCCUGAAGAUUUGGUUGAAGGGGCAUAGCACUUGUCCAACCUGUCGAAGGGAGGUGGACUUUGUUGAGGAGGAGGAAGGGAGGUCAAUGGCAAUGAGCAGAAGAUGGCAAUCGCACCAGGAAAUGAGGAGGCAGGGUGCACAUGCAGCUGCAGCGGCAAGGGAAAGAAACGGUCCGGAUUCAACCCGCCAUCACCACGCAAUGGGCCACCGGAGACGCAUAUCCACGCAAUCGGUGGAUAUUACCGCAAGGAGGGUGUCACCACAGAGUCCGUCUUGGCUGGAAAGAGAUCAAAGUAAUCAUCCUGGAAUCCGCUCGGAUGCGAAUCCCCCGGAGGAUUCACGUGUAUCUCAGGCGCCACGACUUCAACCAGUAGAUCAACAGGGAAAUGGAAAUGGAAGUGGACAGGUACCAUACCGAGAAGCGCCGGUGCCCCAUAUCCCAACAGGCAUAUCACCAAUAAGAUUCGGCGACACACCAUUAUUCACUGCGAACAUGGAUAUGGCGCUGUGCAUGGCUUCACCUUUCCUCAGACACGCUCCCAUCAUAAACGCUCUUCCGCCCCGACAUCCUGUUCAUACGCCAAUGACUCAACGGCCCCAAUCGAUGCAUCCGCAAGCCCACCAGAGCUUAUACUCCAACUUGGAUAUGGGAAUCAAUCGAGCGCCAGCGCCCCAACCCGAGCGAUUGCCACCCGGCAUUCCCGUCACGCGAGGUGGGCCCCACCACCAACCAUAUCGACAUAUCCCGGCUAGUCCCCCACCAACACCCAUGGCACCAACCCACCAGGCCCCACCGAACUACUCCAUCCAGCCAUGCGUCCAGCACAACGAUUACAGCAACAACGAACCCCAGCAAAUGCAAUACCCGGAGUACCGUGAUCAGCACUGGCAAGCUCAUCAACACCAAAUGAGCACCAUGCUUCCACCCCCAAACACCACCCUCAAUAGCAACGCCAACAUCAACAGUAUCAACAACAGCAACACCAAUAGCACCACCGCUCCCACCACUACCACCACCUCAGAAGAUGAUCUCCAACAGCAUGAACAACAUCAGCACCAGCAAACCCAGUGCAACCUUACAGAAAUCGGCUUCUGCAUCGAACCCUUCUACACCGGUCGAACGCAGGGGAACCUCCCGGCGAUACUAGGCCUCGAUUGCGGUCACUCAUACCACGUCAUCUGCCUUGUGUCGAUUACCAAAUCACGUCCCCAGCAGCCGGUGAAUAGAAGGCUCGCUUGGUGCCAGAGAUGUAACCGUUUUGAAAUGCUGGUGGGUGGGGAGUUGCCAGAUUUCACUUGGGAGGAAGUGGAGAGUUUCCUUUAAGUGUAGGGGUGUUAUAUUGUUUAUUUGUCCACUCCCGAUUUAUUCGGUAUUUGGGGAUUUCUGUGGAUUGCUUCAUGGUAUUUUACUUGUUUAUCUAUUUACUUGGGUUUUCGUGUCCCCCACUUUUCAUGGGUCUUUUCUUGAAGACCCCGAACCGGCCGUCUUCGUCAUAAUCUUAGUCGUCAUAGUGCUCGUGUGUGGGCUACGUUCAGUGGAUGGUCAUAUCUAUCCCCUGCUUCUCAUUCUCCCUGACCUUUUUCUCCUUCACCCUUACCAUCUUCAUCACACGGCGGAAUGUCGUUCCCAUAGCCUCCUUCUAUCAUCAUGAUUCUUGUCUCGUUUGGGUUUUUUCAUAACCUCUUAUUUCCCUACCGCGAUAAUCUGGGUUAGCCCCCUGUUUAUUUGCCUGUUUGUUUGGUUAGCCGUUUAUUUAGUGUCGUGUCAUACGCGUUUGCGGUAAUCGAGGUUGCGGUAUGCA